AAUUACAUCAGUUUGAAUCGUUAUACUGGAUAAAAUGGCUGCUUUUAAAUUUAUUUUUUUUUAAUGUAAAUAAACACCAUGGUAACGAGACAGUUGUUUAUUUUUUAAUUAAGAGUCCAGGUGAAUAAAAAAAUUGAGUUGACAGUGAUAUAAAUUAAUUGUUAAACAAUGGCAGAUGAUUUGUUAGCAAAGGAAAAAGAGUACCAUCGAUUGAACAAAGAACUUCAGCUUAAAACUAAAAAUAUCAUUGAGGAAGUUGAUUCAGUGAUAAAUUCACAAAAAGACAUACGUUCAUUAAUAACAACAGAAGCAUUACAAUCGAAAAUUUGUCAUGCUUCAAAUAAUUAUUACACUGAUCCACCACGACUGAUUGAUUUUGACCGAGAAUUUAUAAAACCUCAAGUUAAUAAUAAUGAUCCUGAUGAUAUUCUUGUAGCAAAUAAUAAAACACAAAAAAAUAACGAUGCUGUUAUUAAAAUAUUAAAAACAAAAAUACAAACACUUUAUUCUGAUAAUGAAAAAAUAAAAGAUGAAUUAAAAAAAAAAACAAAUUACUGUAUUGAGCUAGAAAAUGAAAAUACUAAAAUUCGUGAUAUUAAAGAUAAAUAUUCAUUACAAAUAUCAAAUAAUAAAAAUCAAAUAACAAAAUUAGAAGAAAAUAAUAUAAAAAUACAAACGGAACUUCAAUCAAGUACUAAAGAAAAUUUAUCACUUAAAAAAGAAUUAGAUUUACUUAAAAAGGAAAUUAAAAUGAUAAAUCAACAAACUAAUAAUACUGAAAUGCGAUUGAACAGGUCACUGGAGGAAACUGAAAAAUGGAAAAAUACAUAUAAAACUUGUAAAAUUGAAGAAAAAAAUUUACGUGAAAAAAUUAAAUCUCUGCAAGAUGAUGAACGUGUGGUAAUUAAAAAUUUAGAAAAACAAAAAACAGAAUUAUUACAAGCAUUUAAAAAACAAAUGUUUCUCGUUGAUAAUUUAAAAAAACAAAAGGCAUUGUUAGAAUCCACCAAGCAAAUACAGUUGACUCGUCAAGAUAUGUCGAAAAUAAUAAAUUGGAAAAACGAAAUCAAUGGAAAUACUUAAAAUUUUUGGAUACAAUUGAUGAGGAAUUAUUAAUCACAAUCAAGACAAUCAUCUUCGAACUAAUUUUGUUUUUUUUUUUUUUCCUUUUUAAUUUAUUUACAUAUUCAUUCAUCCAUUUUUUUUUUUUCAUUGUGUUCUUGUAAUUACGAACCAGUUACUUAUAAACUAAUUUUUUUUUUUUCUAAAUAUCAAUUGGGCCAAAGAUUUGAUGAUAUUCAUAUUUCAGAAGAGAAUUGUUUUUUAAAAAUAGCCAACUACUAGAAGAAUUCGACAUUUACUAUAAUUGUCAGUCAAAUUAAUUCUGAAAUAUGAGCAAAAUCCAAUCAUACAUUCUCAUUUUCUUUCAUCUUUUACUUCACGAUCACAUUUUUUUUUUUUUUUUUAUUUAAAUUAAUUUCUGAAGUUCUAUUAUUAUUUUUUUUUUUUUACAUACAUUGUGUUUUUCUUUUUUUUUUUUUUUUUAUUCUUCUAAGUGUAGUAUAUUCUCUUCCACUCUUUCGUUUGAUCUUUUUUUUUUUUUUACUUUGCUUUCAGAAAACCCUGACAUGAUAUCGUAGAAAGAAAUACUAUCACUAAUAAUUAUAAUAAUUGUAAUAACAUUAAAUAUAAUAAAAAUAAUAUUAAUAAUAAUUAACAAACUAGAAAAAGAAAAGAAAAAAAUGAUCUAAUUCUCGUCACUGCCCGAAUUUACCAAAUGCAAAAGAAAAU